AUGAUAAGCGCAUCUCCACGUGCUGGAAGCCCACUUCUUCUAUCGCAAGAAUUGUCUUCUCAGAAUCCGGACUGGAAUGCUUUCAGUACAACGAAAUCUCCUCCAGUUCAAAACAUGGGGCGUCCCACGGGUUGUGAUCUAAAUAGGAUUCCAGCAUCUAUAUUUUCAACCAAAAGAACAGGAAAUAUGGAGUGGAGUGUUGCUUCGAACGAGUCACUGUUUAGCAUUCAUAUGGGAAAUAACAGUUUCUCUAGAGAUUAUGCUAUGUUUGGCAAGUCUGGAGAAUUUCCACGGCUUGAAGAAUUGAACAAUGCACCAUCAAAUCUUCCAUACGUUCCUGAAACCAAAUCUGGUGAGUUGAACAGCUCCCCUUCCAGCCUUCCCCCGCUCAUUGAAGUACCAGCAGACGAAGAAAAUUGUGCAAAAUUAGGGGAGACUUCUAGAGUAGGAAAAGAAGAUUGCAGUUUAAUCCCGAAGGUAGUCCCAACAGAAACUGUAGAAGAUCAAGUAAAGGAAAAAACAACUAUGACUGAAGAAAUUCAUCUCCCACUUAGUGUUUCUAAUGUAUCGGAUGGUAAAAUAUCAACUCAUUCUCCAUCGAGUCCCUCUCGUCCUUCUGAUGACAGUGGAAACAGCAGCAUCUCAUUUGCUUUCCCAGUAUUGGUAAAAGACAGAGUGAAAACUGGGCCGUUGAAGUCGGUAUUAAAGGAAUCUGAAAAACCACAAUUGGAUUCAAAACCUUCUAAUGCAACACCUAAAGCCUCCGAGAUGAGAUGGUUUUCUUGCUUCUCCUGUUGGCCUCUCUGCCGUUGA